UGACAAACAACCCGGUCUUCAGUCUUCCUGCAUUUCCUUUCAUUGCUAUUCUUCAUCUAUUCAAAGAAGAAGAAGAAGACAUACUGGAAUCGUAGUGGCAGAGAAGGAGGUAGAGAGAUAUGAGCGGUCACGAUUCAAAGUACUUCUCUACCACCAAGAAGGGAGAAAUCCCGGAGCUCAAAGAAGAGCUCAAUUCUCAGUACAAGGAUAAGAGAAAAGAUGCUGUUAAAAAGGUGAUUGCAGCAAUGACUGUUGGGAAGGAUGUCUCAUCACUUUUCACAGAUGUGGUGAACUGCAUGCAGACAGAAAAUUUGGAGCUGAAAAAGCUGGUUUAUUUGUAUCUUAUAAAUUAUGCCAAAAGCCAGCCUGAUCUUGCAAUUCUUGCUGUCAAUACUUUUGUGAAGGAUUCACAAGAUCCAAAUCCUCUCAUUCGUGCUUUGGCUGUACGUACAAUGGGAUGCAUUCGUGUUGACAAAAUUACGGAGUACCUAUGUGAUCCCCUUCAGAGGUGUCUUAAGGAUGAUGAUCCAUAUGUUCGCAAAACAGCAGCUAUAUGUGUUGCGAAGCUCUAUGAUAUAAAUGCUGAGUUAGUCGAGGAUAGAGGUUUUCUGGAAUCUCUGAAGGAUUUGAUAUCUGACAAUAAUCCAAUGGUUGUAGCAAAUGCUGUAGCUGCUCUUGCUGAGAUUCAAGAAAACACUAGUAGGCCUAUCUUUGAGAUCACUAGUCAUACGCUCUCAAAACUCCUCACUGCUCUAAAUGAAUGCACAGAGUAAGUUCAGCUUCAUACACUCUCAU